CAAACUCUUUUUUUGAUAUCAUUCUCUACCAUCUGGUCUGCCAAUUUGAGCUCUCUAAUAUCUGCAAUUUGGAUGAGACUCCUAUUCUAUUGGAAUAUCUCCAUGGCAAAACAUAUGAGAUGACUAGAGAGAAAACAGUUUGGGCCAAGUCCUCCCAGAGUGGGUGGGAUAAAAGACAGACCUCACUUGUUUUGUGUGUCUUUGCAGAUGGGGUUCCUUGAGUGCCCUUAAUAGUGAUUUUACAGGGAAAGGGCAAAUGACUGGGAGAUGAGAGGUCAAAAUAUCAUCCCAAUGUGCUUGUCAAAUUUAAUGAUAAAGCAUAUAUGAAUGAUAAACUAUUUCUAUACUACAUUGAGGACUAUCCAGUUCCUGUCUUUAUUGGUCACUCUACCUUAUUUGCAAUUGAUUUAAUGGGGUCUUAUCAGACCCCAUCUGUUCUUCAAAAAAUGUGAUCCCAUGGUAUCAUGCUCUCCCUUAUCCAUGGUAGCUGUACAAGUCUUGUUCAACCACUCAAUGUUGCCAUCAACAAGCUCUUCAAAGACCUUAUUUAUGAGCAUACAGAUAUGACAAUUUUC